AAUUUAAAUAAGAAGAUGUCUCUGAGCCUGACUGGGGUCACAUGCAAGAAUUAGCAUGGUACGUGAAGACAACGUCAAUAAAGCUGAAUUUUGACAACAAGUUAACUCGUAACUAACAGGACUUGCUGAGAAGAACCCACAUCCUUCACCAUGUUCCUCACCAUUGCCCUGCUGAGGAAAGGCAUCUCUGGCAAGCAGUGGAUCGGGAAGUACCGCCGGCCGCGUGCCAUCACCUGGCAGAUGAAACGCAACAUGCUGGUGCACCUGGAGCGCGAGGCGGAGAACGAGUACUGGAUCUCCCGACCGUACAUGACCACAGAGCAGGAGAGAGGACACGCCGCUGAGCGCCGAGCACAGAACUGGCUCAAAAUUAAGGAGACCAAGUUUCAAAAGUUUCCAGAACAUAAGUAUGUUGCAGAUCAUCUAAGUCACCUCAACACGACCAAGACAUGGUCAAGUUAAUGAGGAGGAAGUAUUGACUUUGUGUGGGGUGAUGGAGAUGGGACAUGCAUUUUGACUGCCAUUUGACUCCUGUGUGUCUUAAUGUAUGUAAUGUAUAUGAACUAUGGAGUGUUGGUAAUUAUAUAUUUAUAAAGCAAGCUCAUAUUUGAAAACAA